CCGUGGAGGAAUGCACUGAGAAAGGGUGUCUGGCCCUGUCACUGUUGGAGCUGCUGGGUUUCAACCUGACCUUUGUCUUUCUUGCCAGUCUUCUGGUCCUGAUCCAGCCUGUGGCAGCUGGAUCAGGAAUCCCUGAGAUUAAAUGCUACUUGAAUGGAGUAAAGGUUCCAGGGGUUGUACGUCUCCGGACAGUGGUGUGCAAAGCUAUAGGAGUGCUCUUCAGUGUGGCAGGAGGUCUCUUUGUUGGGAAGGAGGGUCCAAUGAUCCACAGUGGUGCUGUUGUGGGCGCAGGUUUGCCACAGUUUCAGAGCAUCUCUUUGAGGAAGAUCCAGUUUAACUUUCCCUAUUUUCGCAGUGACAGAGACAAAAGGGACUUUGUGUCUGCUGGAGCUGCUGCAGGGGUUGCAGCUGCCUUUGGGGCUCCAAUUGGGGGGACUCUUUUCAGCUUGGAAGAAGGCUCCUCUUUCUGGAACCAGGGGCUUACAUGGAAGGUG